AUGACGACUCGCCCCAGACAUACCCGCCCAAAUUCUGCUGUUUACCUCGGAAGUGAUCCCCUUCAUCUAUCUUCCACUCCUCCAGGGAUCCCGGACUUACCAGAACCUCCGAGUCCGGUAAGCUCAACAGGCUCCGGACUACCGUCUCCUCCGGCGACAAACUCAACUGGCAGCGGCAGCACAGGCGAUCCAGCGAGUAUCGUUGUUCGGGGCACAACGAAGUCGACGACGAGCAUGAUAAAUGCAUCUCACCUCAAAGCAUUUCAUGCUUCUUUCACCGAUGACCCUCCCAACGAUGAUGAUGACGACGACGACAAUUACAAUGGAAAUGGAGAAGACGAUACAGCCAGGUUGAACCGUCGCCACUCCCUUAAAUCGGUGUCCGUCAAUGAAAAUACUAUGGCAAUACAACGUGCUCUGACUUUGAAGGAAAGGACAAGAUUGACUAUUGAUAAACUGUCUUCUUACUCUCGAAAUACUCCAUCACCUUCCGCCCACACUCGCAGUUCCGAUUCUUCUUCUUCUACCUCGCGACAUCGGUUUUUGGAACAACAUCACUCUGGCUCAGAGACGGAGCGAGAAUUAAUAGAUUCCGACGCCCGUCCUUCCACUCCCAAACUCCACCGUACUCGUCUGGUAUCCGCCCCCGCUUCGCCAGGAAAAGCUCUUCUCUCCAUCAAACAAUCAAACUCCACUUCAUCCAGCUCAUCAGAAUCUCCUGCCAGAUCUCGCAAACGAGUUUCCAUGGCCGCCUCGGACUUUGCAGAAGUUACAUCUGGAAGAAGGAUGCGUUCACCCGAUGAAUAUAAAGUUUCUCAAACAUCCAGACGAUUUCCUGAUGUUGCACAAGCUGCGCUUGCGGCGGUAGCGUCCUCUCGAGGUCGUAUCAGCCCCACUGCCAAUUCGAAGAAAAGACAGCCACUUCCAAAAGAAUUUUUUGAGGCUUCAGCUUCAGCUUCCACUACAUCCGCAUCGCGAGGAGGUAGUUCGUCAAGCUCGAACCCAAUAGACAACACUGAAUCCGAUUAUGAGAAUAGUCGGUUUUCCAUUGAACCUACAACACCCCACCAUACUAUGUCCCGUCCCUCGUCCACCAUGAAGUUCUUGCAGUUAUCUCCUCGCCAACAAAAAAAUCUGAACAACACGCUUACUCAUUCCUCGCUCAGACAUCCGUUUUCCGACCCACGGCCGAACUUACAACGUUCGUCGACUCUCCGGAGACAUCAAACCGGUGGGCGUUGGGUGUCCGAGGAUAUGUCGGUCGCGUCUUCCCACCGAACAGAUGGGGAGGCGGAUGAAGAUUAUGAGGAUGUUCCUAAUCCUCAAGGGCGCAGACAAACUCUGCGCACCGGGGGUAGUGCAGAUAGUGCUCUUACAGUUGGCGUUGGAAGGAGCCUAGUUGGUGAGGGCCUUAAAGCUGCAGGUCUCAAGGGUGGAGGAGCUGUGGGUCGAAGGGGUGAUAUUUUCGACGAAAAUACCCCUCUUCGGGAAAAAGUGAUACGAGAUAGAGAACGGGCACAGAGACUUGAGAGAAUAGAAAGAAGUAUCAGCCGAACAGGCAUUCGGAGUCAAAGUAGGCUUGGGUGGGAGCACGAAAACGAUGAAGACGAGGGACAUUUUUCUAACAUACGGAGCCGUGGAAACGGCUCAGACAUUCGUACUCGCGCAGGAACUGUUGUAGGACCGCGCGCUUCUACUUCGAUGGCGAUACGCGACCGUGAACGUGAGGGUGUCGGUGGUGAACCUGAACCUCGAACUGCACCUCCCCACCUGAGAUCAUAUAAGAGUUCUUACGAUCUGGUUCUCAGCCAGGAAGCUCUCUCUCGUCAUGAAAUUGAUCUUGGCAGGGAGACGGCCCAGGACCGAGAAGACCGAGCACCAUCAUCUCUCAGUCGACAUGUCCCCAGUCCCUUUGGCAGUACUCGACGGUCUAUUCCAAACUUACUCUCGAAUGACGGAGAGGUCUCUCACCUCAAUAUUCCUCGUUCUAAUCACAAUCGAUUACUUCACGAUAGUCUUCACAUGUUCGAAACUCAUGUCACCCGUCUACCAUCGACCUCAAGUGCAACCACCAGUGACCUGUUGCGGAAUGCUCAAAACAUAGCUGGUGCCGCAGAGAAACUCAAUCUGAUGACUCGUGUGGCGAUGACCAAGGCUUUGGAUGCUCAAAUCAAUGCAGAAGUUGAUGGCGGCACUAGCGAUGAGGCAGCAGAUAUCUGGAGAACUGUUGGAGCUGAUUACCGGGAUCAGAUGAGAGUUAGUGACGAGCUUGUGCGGAGCGUGACUGAUUUCUUAUUGGGUGUGGGGCGCGCAGUCAAGGACAUGACAGGAGGGGGAGAUAGUCAUGGGCGGAGUGUAAGCCUAGAUGAGGUCGGAGGUAGACUGACGAGGAACAGCUUGGGCUCAGAUGGUGGUAGUACUGGAAGUGGUCGACGCAGUGAAGAGUCCCGAAGAAGCUGGGGUGAUGAUGUGAAGAGGUUGUCUACAGGCCCAAAAAGGUCAGAGAGCGCCUUGAGUGGAAGACCCUCUUCAGUGUUAAAUGCGAGGGAUCAUGAAACGCCAAUUUCUCUCCGCUCCCGACAAUCAAAUGAAAGUACAAAUGUAUCUCGUGCGCAAGAGUCCGGUCGUGGAAAUUUGGUUACAUUUGACUCUCAAGAAACGCUACAUGCUGUUGCUUUCGAUCCUUCUCCUACCCCCGCUUCCCGAGCUCAGCUCAACCGGAACCAAGAACGCCCCGGUGCUACGCUAGACCGCGCUCGGACGCUUCCUCCAUUAUCCAUUCCGAAGCCUCUCGCUCAACUUCCAUCUGAAUCCUUAACUCGUCGCCAAACACAAACACCGGCUUCCUCGACUAGGCAUAGACCAACCACAGGUUCGAAUACUGUUCGCGGUCCCUUCCCCCUGAGUAGUCCCAAUAUUCCCACUACUGCUCUCACUCCGCAUACCGUCUCUAACAGUCAGCGUCAAGAUUUUCCCAUACUUCGUUCUGAUUCAGGCUCGGGUUCUGGUAAAUCUUCAGGUGCCACACCCCGCUCCACUGUCACAUUUUCUAGGUCUUCCACGGUUUCUGCUUUAACAGGCCUUCAACAACAACAGCAACUUGCAGAACAGCAGAGACAGCGAAAACGUACGCAAUCCAAUUCCAGCGCCAGUGGUGCGGAAUCGGCCGAGCGUGUUUCUAGAGUUACUAGAACUGAAUCUGGGAGUGAGACCGAACGAGGUCCAGCUCGCACCAUUGGGCGCCAGGGGGACCGUUCGAGAAUGUCUUUAGAUGGCUCUAGAACGUUGAACGGAAACGUUCAUCCCGCUGACCGUAGUGCUGCCACGUCUAUUCUCCCGAUUUCGAAGCCAAGAGAACGAAGAAAGACUGUGGUGGACAUGUGGCCAAGAGCUGGAUCCUAG